UUCCUGGAUUGUUGAUUUCUUCUGUGGAUGUUUUCAUCAUUAGCAAGAACUUUAGAGCAACUUUAGAUGAGGAGAAACAUGGCUAAACUAGAGCUUUUUUGCAAAUUUACCAAUUCUAUUGCAAUGUUUGUUAUUCUCUCUAUCAAUUGGAUUAGCUUUGCGCUCUACUUCAAUGCAGCAGACCCCUUGAGUGAGCUAUGGCAAAUUGCUUGGAUCAGUCAAGAUAUACAUGGAAUUGCACUAAUAACCAUUGUUGUUCAAAGUGUACAUGUUCCCAAUCUCAAAGUUGGUAUACUCCUUUGUGCCUUCCUAUUUGAGAUCUUUUGGGUGUUUGUUUCUAAGAAGUUGUUCCAUGAAAGUGUGAUGAUUGUGGUAGCUCGUGGUGAUAAAUGUGGUGAGGAUGGUUUCCUAGUGCUACUGAAGACUCUGCGCAUGUUUGAUACUUGGGGUGGAUGCAACAUCAUAGGAUAUGGUGAUAUCUUUUUACCUGGACUGCUAAUAGCAUUCUCUCUUGGGUAUGAUUGGCUGGCAAAUAAGACUCUACGAGCUAGAUACUUCUUGUGGGUAAGGCUUGCAUACGGAUUAGAUCUUCUCAUCACAUAUGUGGCACUGGACUUGAUGGAUGGGCAUGGCCAACUAGCAUUGCUUUACAUCGUCCCAUUCAUCCUCAGAACAUUCCUAUCAUUGGGGAAAAGGGAGGUGAUCUCAAAGUCCUGUGGAGUAGAGGAUAACGUGAAGACCCUACCCACAUGUCCAACUCCAACAUUGAAAAAUCCAAUGAAUAAAAAUGAGACCCACUCAAAGAAGCAUAUCUGCAACUUAUGGGCAAAGUGCUUUGAAGGGAGAGGGUUUGUCACAGUCCAGCUUACAAGACUAUGUCUAGCUUACACCAAUAGCAGGGCCCAAGUGCCACUACAUGGUUAUUCCAUGGGUUCCAUUUUAUAG